AUGGAAAUUCAUCGUUUGAUGCUCAUUUGCUGGGGUAUACAAUGGCUCUUGGCUAAUAAUGUCAAUGGAAUUGAGUAUGAUGAUGGGAUAAGAGAGUGGAGGAGAAAGCUUUAUAAAGAGGUUAUCGACUCGUACGGACCUCCAACCAUCCGCCCUAUCAAAAACGACUCUGCUCCUGUCAAAGUUCGGAUGAGAAUGUUAUUAGAACACAUUGCUGAUUUCGAUGAACCAAAACAACAGGUGACGCUCUUCUGUUCAAUGAAAUUGAUUUGGACAGACGAAUUUCUGAGGUGGAAUGAGAGCGAUUAUGGAGGAGUAAAAUCACUUCAAGUAAACGUUGAUCAGAUAUGGAAUCCUGAUCUUACACUCUUGACAAGUAACAGCAAGGAGUUCUUGACAUUGAAUCACCGUCGCGCGGAGGUAUAUUCAAAUGGCAUGGUUAUUUGGCUUUCUCCUGCUAUGAUCACCAGUCUAUGCCUCCUUGAUGUCAAACUCUUCCCUUUCGAUAUCCAAACUUGUAGAUUUGUAUGGGGACCCUGGUCGAAUACCGUGAACAUGCAGGACGUGGACUACUUCUUUGAACGUAACGAAACGACGAUAGACCGAUACGUUGACAACGGCGUAUGGGAGAUCUUGGAUGAUACAGCAUAUAGGACAGAAGAAACUUACAGUACCGCUACCGAACCAUUUGUGGAGAUUUGUUAUGCCAUCACAUUCAGGAGAAAAUCAAAGGUGUACGUCGUAGGUAUUAUUAUCCCGUCCGUCUUACUCUCUUUAUCCACCAUGAUAAUAUUUCUACUGCCUCCAGAGUCUGGAGAGAAGAUCUCCUUUGGUAUCACCAAUCUCCUAGCCAUGGUGCUCUUCCAAGAAACUGUACGAUCUGCCAUGCCACCGACAGGUUCUCCAAUCUUUGCCAAUUACAUAUGUACGAUGGUAGUCGUCGCAGGUGCAUCCCUAAUAGCAGAGGCACUCGUUCUGCGAAUGUACGGCUUCGCCAACACAAGACCUGUACCUAAAUGUUUGAUGUGCUUUUUGAGUAAAGAUCACCACCAACAUAUCAGAUCUGGUCAAAACGGUGAACCCAUAUCCGGUGUAUCUCAACCGUUUGAUCAUGUGGUAGGCAACAACGAUUGUCCAGAACAAAGCGAACUGACAGAUCUGAGGAGUCCCUCAAGGCUAUCCAAUAUCCCCGCGACAGAAAAUGCUGACCUCUGGAAGCUGAUUGCGUCAUCUGUUGAACAUAAAGCUGCUAUCAUAACCAUUUGCUGCAUCAUAGGAAAUUUCUUGUUCACGUUUUUGAGAAUGUUCACAGCAACAUACACGAAGGGUGAUCAUGAUCAUGAUUAGCAUUCUGUCUCUACGAACAUCGCCUUUUUAAUGUGACAAAAUCUCAUCUGCUUUGUUAAAUUUUCCCAUGAAUGUUUCUAUUACUAUUUAUUUCUAAAUUUGUUCUAAUGCUGCUUUGAUGUAUGCAACAAAUCGUGGUUAAGUGAAUCUAAUUUGUAUUAUUUUUAUAUGAAAAUAUAUUUUAAGUGAAAUUUGCAGUUGUUGAUCAUGGAGAGGGAAAAACAACCACUGCCAACUUGUAUACUCAGUGUGGCGCUGGUUUAGGAGUAGAUCUACUCUGCUUUACAUGGGACGCUGCAAGAAACUUAUACAUUCAAUUUCUUUGUAUAUUUUACUGUGUAUUUGACUGUUUUAUACUUGUUUUUGUAUUCCAGGGCCCCACGGGAGACCAGUUUAUUGCUGAGUGGGCUACCCUGGUUAAAUAUAUUGAAAUAAAUGAAUAAUAAAUAAAUAAAUUCAAUUCCAAAUCAAGCCUAGGUCAAAGUCAAGUAUAAGUCCGUUAAUCAAACGCAGUUUUUGUAGAUAUGUGUUUAAUGUCAACUUCCUUGCAACCCCCUUUCAUAUACAUGAUUUUUAAUUGUAUCUUUUCUUGCAAUGUCCCAUAAUUCUGGGAAUGCACUCGCGUUUUUCACUUUAUACAUGAACAUGUACAAUAAUUUUGUGAUUAUUAUUAUAUAUAAGCAAGGAUGUUAACAUUAAUGUUUAAUGUGCAUACAAUGUGAAUCACAAGCAAAUUUAAUUAAGGGCUGUCAAAGGUAAUCUUGCUUGUAAUUGGAUAAUAAUCAAUGAUUUUAGGGGACAGACAAAGAGGCUGGAGCAAAUAAUCUAAAAAUAUGCAAAAUUUUGAUAGAUAAUGACAAAAUACUCAGAAAAUGAUAUUCCACUCUUUUCAUUUGUUUCUUUUGUUUAUUUUUUCUUGGCCGUGAAAGUGUUUGGGGCAUAUACCCCAAGCCCCCAUCUGUACGGAAGUGCUUGCUCCAUAAAACACAAUAUUUUAAUCACGGGCGACGAAGCAGAGAAUUAUCUUUUGUAUUUGGGGGACGCAGCGAUAGAUGUCCGUCCCCAAAGGAUAAUCCUCUACUCCGCAGCUCAUGAACCUAAUGCUUUCUUCAAUUUUAUUUGACUGAAAAUGUGUGUAAAUGUUUAAAUAGUGUAUUAUUAAUGGACAAAAUGUUUCUAUUUCU